ACUUCCCACAUGCACUGGAGUUGAAGUGACAGAGCCUGCCCCGGGCUGAGCAGGACAGAGAGCACACACUCGGCGCAGAGAGCUGGAGGAGAGAAGUGGAGUGCGGCUCACUCCGGGAUCUCCUGCAUUAAAUCACAGACGAUUUAAAGGAAAAGGGAAUCACCACUACAGCAUGGCAGCUCUGGUUAAAUGCCGUUUCUUUUCGUGCGCGCCCCCGCUGUCCUGAGGCACGAGGACUCGGCACACACACACACACACAUACACACCACCUGUUGCAAAUGCUUUCGGAGAGAAACGGGAAACUUCCCACGGAUAUAACGCACACUGCCGCUGCGCGCGCGCACCGCGCACUUUAACACGCGCGUCACAUCUGGAUCUCACCGCUCGCUCUAACAGUUGUCCCGAGGAGGCAUGUGACAUCCGAAGGAGAGUUUUAUUCCAUUGAGCGAGCGAGCGAGCGAGCGAGUCGCGCGCGCGCACGCCGGGGUGCACGGCGGUAGAAUGAGGAAAGCCGCGCGAGCACGAUGGCCCGGGAGGACUCGGUGAAGUGCCUGCGCUGUCUGCUUUACGCCAUCAACUUACUGUUCUGGCUAAUGGCUCUGUGUGUGCUGGGAGUGGCCGCGUGGCUUAGGGAUUACCUGAACAAUGUGCUCACCUUAACUGCGGACACCAGGCUUGAAGAAGCAGCGGUCCUCACAUACUCCCCUGCGGUUCACCCCGUUGUCAUCGCUGUGUGCUGUUUCCUAAUCAUCGUGGCCAUGGUGGGCUACUGUGGCACGCUGAAAUGCAAUCUGCUGCUUCUCUCCUGGUACUUUGGCAGUCUGUUGGUGAUCUUCUGUGUGGAGUUGGCGAGUGGCGUGUGGACAUACGAGGAGCCAUCAGUACAGAGGUCAGAUAUGAUUAGUCUGAAGUCCCGCAUGCCCAACUACGGCCUGCAGCGCUAUCAGUGGCUUACACACGCCUGGAACUCCUUUCAGACUGAGUUUAAAUGCUGCGGUGUGAUCUAUUUCACCGAUUGGUUAGAGAUGACAGAGAUGGAGUGGCCACCUGACUCCUGCUGCUCCAAUCAGUAUGCAGGCUGCGCUCGCCACGCCCACUACACUGACCUGAGCGACCUCUACCAGGAGGGUUGUGGCCCAAAGAUAUACAGUUUCAUCCGAGGUACGAAGCAGCUGCAGGUCCUUCGCUUCCUUGGUGUGUCUAUAGGAGUGGCACAGAUCCUGGCCAUGACUCUGACCCUCACGCUGCUCUGGGCGCUCUACUACGACCACAAACCCCCCGAUCCUAAUCCACCUGACACAAUCACACACACACACUGCCUUGCCGAGGAGUCACAAAAACCUGGACAUGGCUGCCUACGGACAUCUGACACUUGGGCUAACGGACACAGCCAAAUUGAAAUGGAGCAGCUCUCCUAGCAAACAGAGUUGACCGGUCCAGUUUUGUUCGAGUUUUUUACAGCUGUUCAUUAACGCUAGUAUGAAGAGUCAGCAACCCUUCAUUUUUCUAACUUAUAGUACUGUGCAAAAUGUGAGCCGCCCAUACCUUUAUGUUUUGCUUCAAAAGAGUCAGACCUUCCUUUCUUUUUAAUGUAGUCUUGAGGAAUAGUUCUCCAGGCUUCCUGAAGUAUUUUUUUGGCUUUCAUUUUCAGUCCAGUCCCUGUAUGUGAGUUGUUUCAGAGGUAUGUUUUUGUUUGUUAAGCCACACAGUGACCUAUGAACCAUUCAAUCAUAAAAACCAUCUAACAUAAGGCAUAAACCAGUGAGAAACAGGUGGAGAUGGUGUGCAUGAUGUAAUUAAAUUUAAUCUGAGAAAAAAGGGGUGGGCUUAAGACUUUUGCACAGUACCGUACAAAACAUAUCAAGUGUUUUCUGUAGACUGAAACUAUGGUUACAAAGGGGAUAAUGAAAUAUACAGUGGCCUAAACGAGCAGGGAGUCUUUCUAUACAAGUAUAUGGGUUAGGAUGCCAUCGAACACUCCUCACAAAGUUCUAAACACUAAGACUAAGUAACCAAAGAAGAUUGUUGAAGUGUACCUGAACACCUGUGAAGCUUUUCCUCCAUACAGCCACUGAGCCAUAGAAGACUGGAUAAGGUUACGUGUUUUUUCCCCAUAUUGUUACCUGAUAUUCCAGGAUUAAAGAACUAUAGACUAUAAUCACUAGACAUGCACAUAAGCUUGGGUCCUAACUGUUUUUUGUUUUUUUUUAGGUGUGAAUUGUCUGCUAUUCUAAGCAUUAUGUUUUUGGGGAUUUACCUCUAUUCAGUAUGUCUUAAUUCAUUAGCAAGUGAAUUACAGAACAGUUCUAGUUUUAGACAAUAAAAUCUUCUAGCGGUGGCUUUGCUAUAAGAAAGCAUGAACACAAGCUGUGCUUUUUUAAGAUGACGUAGCAUGUACACUGAAGCGUGUGUGAAUUACAGUGCAUUUAACAAUCAUGAUCAGGUCUUUUAUUAUUAUGAUUAUUAAUAAUAUUAAUGUUUGUUGAAUUUGUGCUUGUUGAAACUUAAAGAUAUUUACAGACUAAAUUACAGUUACAUGCACUAGCAGGAUGCACUAGGAAUAGAAUGUUUUAAUGACUGUGCUAUAAUAGUAUAUUUUUUAUAAAUUAGCAUGGAGGUUAUAACAGCCUCAGGCUUGUAAGGGUUCUCAGUAGGAAGAUGAACUAAAGAACUAAAGAGUAUUCUCAUUUUUCUUGCUGUGUGAUAUACAAAUGGCUGACGAAAUUUACAACAAACUCAUUUUCAACUUCAUUUCUCCACAAUUUUGCAGAGCGUUACAGACAGCGCUUGUCAUUCAUUUACUUUUGUAGCCAUUACCAAUACUAUUUAUUAGAUUCAUUCCGUUGCAUUGACAAACAAAAUUAUAUAUGAACAAUAUUUCAUUUAUUAAAUGUUUUAUCAAUGUCCAGCUAUAAUUUGGGUGUUAUUGUUUUGGCUAGUGAAAAUGCACAAAUUUUAACAGUUGUCAUUGUCGCAAAGCAACUUUAAACAAUCAAAAUAAUUAUUUAAGUUUGUAUGAAAUGUGUAUAAAUUGAAAUGAUACGACUGUCCCUGAUGAGCAAGCUGAGGACAACAGUGACAGUGGUAAGGAAAAUCUCCCUGAGAUGGUAAUAGGAAGAAACCUUGAGAGG